ACAGUUUUAUGAAUUGGUAUGCUUUGUUCAAUUUGGGUGUUGAUGAAUUAAAUGUCUUCCCAUUGCAUCUUAUUGACAUGCUUAGGAUCCAAAGUGGAUAGUCUCAUCAAUGGAACGCUUGGUGAUUGUAUUCUCCUUGAUCUGGAGAACAGGAACCCAGCAAUCCACAUUCACAAUGUGAUUUGGAAGAAAGGCAAUGCCUUGAUUGGGAUGAUGAUCAAUGGUCAGAACUGUAUAAUCCAUAGCAAAAGAUGUUUUAUCUAUAACAAUGGCACCUUGAGCUUGUGUCCCACUCAGUUGGACGAUAUUGGGAAUUAUACAGUGGCAGCAUAUACUGAGGAUGGACGCUUUCAAUACAGUAACAGAAAGGAACUGCUGCUUACACAAUCCAAACUGCAGGUUAGUCUCACCAAAAGAACACUUGGUGAUUGUAUGCUUCUUGAGGUGAAGACCACGAAACAAGCAAUCCACCUUCAUGAUGUGAUUUGGAAGAAGGGCAAUAUCACAAUAGGAAAGGUGGACGGCCAGAAUAUUACAACUUGUAUAGACGACACCAAGAGAUGUCUUAUACUUAACAAUGGCAGCUUGAGCUUGUGUCCCACUCAUGUGCAAGAUACCGGACAGUACACAGCAGAAGUGUUUACCAAGGAUGGUGUGUAUCAGUACAGUCACACAAUUCAACUGGAACUUACACUUCUUUGGAAAACAAGAAUACAACGCCAUGCAAGUUGGAGAAAGAAUGUGACUGACUAUGCAGUAGUUUAUAGGAGAAAGCAAGACCAACCAACUGCAAGUCCAGAGUUACAGAAACCACAGGCUAUAGAAACCACAGAAGAAGGUCAAUGGUUUUCGAUUGGGAAUGAAAAAGAGACUGCAGCAGCAGCAGCUCCCAACACAGAAAACCCCAUGCUUUUAAAUAUCUCUACUUUUCAAGAGAAAGAAAACGCUUUAUCACCACCACUGUGUAUGAAUGUCAGGAGUUGUAGUGCUAGUCUACUGAGGAGUGACAACUCUGUUUGCUGGGAUGGCAACUGUGUUCUUCCAGAUCUUGUGGACUGUGUUCUGUGAGAGGUUUGAUGAUGCAAUGGAAUUAAGAGAACAAAUAUGCAUUUCUUCCAGUGACCCAGCACACAUGUAUGAUGGGAAAAGAGACAAUGGAAUUCUGAAAUCAUCUGAGACUCAAUUCUGUUUUAACAUGCUAUCUCAUUUGUCAGAAGAUGCAGUUCAUUUAGUAGCUAGGCAGAGGCUUUCAAAGUGCGCUUAUGUAAAAAAAA